CCUCCUCAGUUCUCGUUCCUACGUCUCGCGAGAUCUGGAGGCCGACUAAUUCGGGCGGAAGUAGUUUUGCAGCCUCUUUUCCGGCGGCCAUAGCGGAAUACUCGCCACUAUGAAGAUCAAUCCGUUUGUGACCUCCUCCAGGCGCAAGAACCGCAAGAGGCACUUCAAUGCCCCUUCUCACGUUCGCAGAAAGAUCAUGUCUUCACCCCUCUCCAAAGAGCUCCGCCAGAAGUACAACGUCAGGUCCAUGCCCAUCCGUAAGGACGAUGAGGUCCAGGUCGUCCGGGGACACUACAAAGGCCAGCAGAUUGGCAAAGUUGUCCAGGUGUACAGAAAGAAGUACGUCAUCUACAUUGAACGUGUGCAGCGUGAGAAGGCCAACGGAACCACAGUGCACGUUGGCAUUCAUCCUAGCAAGGUCGUGAUCACCAGGCUGAAGCUUGACAAGGAUCGCAAGAAGAUCCUGGAGCGUAAAGCCAAGUCUCGGCAAGACGGCAAGGAGAAGGGCAAAUACAAGGAGGAGACCAUUGAGAAAAUGCAAGAGUGAACAUUAUCUUUUGCUACCAAUAAAAGACUGGAGAAAACAUAAUAAA